CGCAAGUGCAUUCCUCUCGCCAGACCAACACUCUCUCUUCCGCCUUCCCCAGGAGAUGGAGCCUUGUACUCUCGCCCAUCUCUUCAAGUAGGACCACCUCAGUAUGGCUACUCCAUAUGCGAACGCGUUGAGCGACUCCCGCAUGCUCUCAUCGUCUAUCUCCUCGCUCUCUUCAGGCCGGCACCAAUCGUCCUACAUCGCAAAGGUCUACCGGCAAGCGGCCCAGUUGUUCUUAACUCGCCGCCUACCGGAGGCGCUGUCGACAAUCGAGCCAAUUAUCACGCCGCCGCCGCAAAACGAUGUCAAUGGCACCUACAAUGGAGAUCUAUCAGCAUUUGCGCCCAUCGCAUCUGCGUCGCGGGGCACGCGGGUCAAAGUUUGGAGCUUCUACCUGACAUUCCUCAACUCCGUGGUCGAGCUUGGCGCUGAAGAAGGGAAACACGCCUUUGGCAGCACGCGGUGGAAGGAGCUGGUAUCAAAAUGUCGUGACGGCAGCGUAUGGGAGGAGGUCGUGCGGGACGGAUAUGCGGGUGUCGAAGGAGACGUUGACGCAGAGGUGGUUAUCAAUUUGGCUACGUUGCUCCUUACCCAUUCUCCCUCCCAAAGGUUGAACCAACAACGAUUGGAAACCUACCUCUCCACUUCUGCCCGUCCCACGUUUGAUGUGUCCUCGCACUUGCAAACAUCACACCACCUACAAAAACGACACAGCCACCAUAACAAUGGCACCAGCACUCCCAGAGACCUCAACACGCGCCUGAAGCUUCUCGAACUCUAUACCCUGCAUGUGCUCCCACGCAAUGACGAGUGGGACUAUGCACGCGAGUUCAUAAGCAUGAGCGAGGUCCUAGAUGAUGAGCGCAAAGAAGCGUUUCUACUCGCACUCCACACCCUGAAGGAAGAGAAGGAGGAAGCGGAGAUGCGGGAAGCCAAGCUUCGUCAACAGCAACAAGAGCAAAUGGAGCAACGUCGCAAAGAGUCCGAGAACAGACGCUUAGAGCAAUCACGAGCCGAGGAUGAACGCAGAAAGCGGGAAGAAGAGAACAGACGGCAGCCUAGGGGCUCUGACGAGGUAUUCAGAAGGCCGCAAGCCCCUCCAGCAUCGCGUCCGUCGAAACCAGGGAAGAAGACCGUCGGCCCCCCGCCAGGCUUAUAUGAUCGUUUGUCAUCCAUGAUGGGGUCGAUGCACACUUUGGUUUCCGCUACAGCGCAUUCGAUGACUGCGAAUCCAAUGGCUCUACUACGAACUUUUCUCUUCUUGCUUGCAUUUGCUAUGGCGUUAGGAAGGAAGGAUUGGCGAGAGCGGAUCAUGCGCGUUCUCAGACAAGCGUGGGAUAAGAUUCGUCGCACGGUCGGUAUGGGUGUGAAGGUUUCUUAUAUCUAAUGUUGUAUAACGUACUUGUGGGCGGCCGUAGUCCUCAUGAAGGAUGGAGGUGUUGGUUCCUUUCUUUUGUAUCAUAGUUUUGUGGCAGCCACAUUCCUACUCUACACCUCCUAAAAGUCUCUCUUGCAGGUGAAUAAAGAUGUCGUCUGUGUCUAGCUAUUCUUCAACCCUUUCCUUACGAGGACACCGGCGCACAACAAAAAUUUCACAUGUUUAGUGGCCUAGAAGCUUGCAC